CUUACGAUGCAGCUGCCUUCCCUAUAUCUCUGGCUCCCUCCAUGGCAGCUGAUGACUACAACCCUGUUUCCCUGAGACAGAAGUCCAGGAGGAAGACUCGAGGAGGUAAUGUGGCAAUGAGCAGGCGGAGGGUCUCGGUUAAAGAGCUGGGGGAAUCUGACCACCAGGGCUGGCUCUACAGGAAGAAGGAAGGAAAGGGCUUCCUGGGCUUCAAAUGGAAGAAGUACUGGUUUGUGCUGAAGAAGACUUCUCUGUACUGGUACACUAAUCCGCUGGCAGAGAAAGCAGAGGGAUACAUUAACCUGACUGACUUCAUGAUCGACAGAGCAUUGGAGUGCAAGAAAAAAUUUGCCAUCAAAGCAUGUCACCCGCAAGUCAUGAUGUUUUACUUUGCAGCUGAUACCUAUGAGGAGAUGAACAUAUGGUUGAAUAAGCUUGGGCUCGCUUCAAUCCAAUAUGAAUCAGCAGAGAGCAACACUGCUGAGUGCUACAGCGAGGCAAGUGAUCACGAGGAGGCUGAGACAGAGGCUCCCCCUCCCCCAUACUCAGAGCAGAUGAGCCAGGACUCUGCGGAUGUGGGUGGUCCACAUGGCAGUGGACAUCAGGGUAGCCUCCUUCCCCCAUACUCCUUCUCCCCUCCUAGCGAGACCAAUGGAUCCUUCUCCUCACCUGUCAGCACGAUAACAUCACAGAGUUCCGUGUCCUCUCUGGCCAAGCAUCGUCAGUCCUGGCUGGACCUGGUCUCGCAGGCCUCUCCUGUUGCCGGGGAAACGGUGGUGUGCUCUGUGCAGGUCCACACAAAUCGGUCCCCACAGCAUCAGAAGAACGAGGGGCCCCUACAGCACCACCAGGAGGCUUCGUCCUUCCAGGACCCCCCAGGGAGCACAGCCAGGGAAGACUUUAACCCCAGGAAGCAGACAGAGGAGUUGGCUGUGCUAGAAAUAGGGACAGAAGAUGUGAACCACGAAGCCUCGUCUGAUGAGAUGGAGAGAUUGUACAUCCACCUCAAACAGGCCAGCCUCUCUCCCAUAGGAGACCGCAAACCAUCCACCAAGAGGGACUUCAGAGCCUCCUUUAUAAAGCGAUGCAAAAACCAGGACAUUAACGAGAAACUGCAUCUCAUCAGGACCCUCAACAGCACGCUAAAGGCCAAGGAGGCAGACCUGUUGACCAUCGAGCAGGUGCUGUCAGACCCUGACCUCACCUCGCCCAGAUUCAGGGAAUGGAAAGAGGCCAACACACCUUUGCUCCAGGAGAUCUGUCUCAAGCAUGUACACCAGGUGGCAGCACAGGUAGAGCCUUCCGCAGCAGCAGCCAAUGCCAUCGCUGUCUCCUUUGUGGAGACCAGUUUAUAAGGGAGUAGGAUGAAGUUGCCCCUAAACACUGAUCUAAUGUCAGUUUUGAGUUUCUCCCACUCAUGCUUAUUAAUAGGAUUUGGGAUGGAUGAGCUGAUUGUGGACCUGUGCCUAAGGGCAACUUUUACUCAGAGUUUUAUAAGACUCACUGCCAUUGUCUACCCAUAACCCAGUAGCACUAAUAGUUGUACUUAGGCUGUGUUUUUAUCAAACUACAUACAAUAGGAAGCAGCUCAUGUUGUCUUGCCACUAUGUGGACUCAUGAUAAGAAUAGUAUUUUUUUUUUUUAAGUUCUUAAAUGGAGUAUGCGCAAACAUUUGGUUGAUUGGAUUUAAUUAUAUGGCUUUAUAUUGUUAAUGUUGUUGUAAUUUAUCUUUUUAUGUUUAGAGAUCUAACAAAAUUAUGUUUCAAUGUGUACAGUAUUUGUGUUUGCUUGUUUUUGUGUUAUUUUAAGUAGUGAGUGAUGGAACAUUGGGUACAUGUGAACCAUCUCUCAGAAAAUGUAUUUCCAAGUGUUUAUUUUGCAACAUGAUCAGUAGCCCAUAGGACAAGGUUUUAUUUUCUAAUAGUUUUACUAACAGUGCCACAGACAUGCACUAGUACUGUGACUUAGACUGUUAUCUUGUUUACAUUAGGAUCAUGAUACUGUUGUGGGUUUGCCUGGAUACAUUUUCAUUGAACAUUGCUGUAUGUGAUAGAUGUUACAUUCAGAUCCAUGGAGAUGUUGUUAUGCAAUCAUAACAUUUUGUGCCAGCAACAAUUCAUCAUGAAUUGUAAUUUAGAUGAUUUAGCCGUGUGGUAAAUAUUUUAAAUACAGUAAUUGUACAUAAGUGUAAGGUGUGUACAAUUCUAUAUUUUCAUUGGUCAAUUAUCAUUAAUUGCCUGUAAGAGUAUUAAAGCGUUUAAAUGCUCUGCGUU